ACAUUCAAACGGUGAAGUUUGAAAUGUUACCUUUGAUUGAUUAUCAGAGUACAUUAAACGCUUAAUUGUUUCUAAUCUCCUCCUGCUUUUUCGUUCAAGUUUUGCUGAGGUCGUUACUCCCGACGUUACAAAUAAAUUCGUGAAGGAAGCGAUUUUUUCGCCUAUUGCGACUAGAUGAUUUGCCAAAUGAUCAAACAUUUGAAAUACCAGCACAAUUUUCUCAAACAAAGAGAAGUGAAUUAGUUAUUAUAUAUGAUGGCUAUAAGAAAAAGUAUGAUGAAAGAUUGUUAUUAUUUUCAACUGAUGAAUUAUUGCAACACUUAUGUGAAACAGAAUUAGUUCUAGUUGAUGGAACAUUUGCAAGUGCACCAACUGGCUUUGAACAAUUAGUUAUUAUUAUGGGCCUCAUCAAUGAUGAAGGAUAUAAUAAUCGUAUUGGAAAUCGAUUUGGUAAUCGUCCUAAUAUAUGGUUGUUUUUGUAUCGUUUAUUAAUUGAAGAACAAAUAAUUGAACAACGAAUACAACAACUUAUCGUUGGUAAAAUUCAAACAAGUGACCAGAAAAUGAUACAAUAA